CGGGCGGAUGCGGACACGGACACGGACGGGGACACGUGCGUAGCGAUGGCGCGGGAGGGCGCGGGGCUCUUCGCCGCGUUCCGGGUGCUCGGUCGCUUCAGCGGGCACGUCCCGCAUGUCCUGCGCUAUCACGGCCGGCACCGCGAAUUCUACCUGGCCGUCGCCGUCGGGCGCAGCGUCCACACCUACAAUGUGAAGAAGCUUGGUAUUGUUGCUGUGAGUAACACUUUGCCAGAGGACAUCACAUGUUUGGCAGCAGAUCGCAUGCUGAUAUUUGCUUCAUAUGACAAUAUUCUCCAUGCUUUUGCCAGGAACAAAGAGGUGGUUCAUACCUAUGAAGGCCACAAAGCAAGGAUACACCUUCUACAGCCUUUUGGUGAUCAUGUCAUCUCUGUGGAUGUUGAUAACGUUCUUAUUGUUUGGAAUAUACAGUCAGAAGAAGAGUAUCUUCAGAUAGAUUUUGAUAAAGCCACUUUUGCAGUUUCUGCACUUCUGCAUCCCAGCACCUAUCUGAAUAAAAUUCUUCUUGGGAGUGAACAAGGAACCUUGCAGCUAUGGAACAUAAGAUCCAACAAACUCUUGUACUCGUUUCCAGGAUGGGGCUUAGCAGUCACAACUCUUGAACAAGCUCCAGCAGUGGAUGUUGUUGCUGUCGGCCUUGUAUCUGGUCAUAUCAUUGUACAUAAUAUUAAGUUUGAUGAAACUCUGAUGAAAUUUCAACAGGACUGGGGUCCCAUCACAGCAAUAUCUUUUCGUACAGAUGGACACCCAGUAAUGGCAGCUGGUAGCCCAGUUGGACACAUUGCUUUGUGGGAUCUAGAGGAGAAGAAACUGAUGUGUCAGAUGCAAGAUGCCCAUUCCACAGCAAUAGCUGGCAUGACAUUUGUCCCUGGAGAGCCACUUCUUAUUACUAAUGGUGCUGAUAAUGCUCUGCGGGUUUGGAUUUUUGAUGGGCCUGGUGGUACAGGUCGUGUACUGAGAAGCCGAAUGGGACACAGUGCCCCACCAACAAAAAUCAGAUACCACGGGCAAAACGGAGAGCAAAUUCUUAGUGCAGGUCAAGAUGGAACAUUGCAAUCUUUUUCAACUGUGCAUGAAAAAUUCAAUAAAAGUUUAGGACGUGGUUCAAUUAAUAAAAAGAAAUCAAAAAAGAAAGGCCUUAAGCUGGAUACGAUGGCACUUCCUCCAAUUACAGCCUUUGCUUCAGAGGUGGCCCAUCAGAGUGACUGGGAUGGUAUUGUUGCCUGCCAUCAGGGGUAUAUAACCUGUACAACCUGGAACUAUCAGAAAACCUCCAUGGGAGCUCACAAACUGAGGCCAGAAGAAUUUAGCAAACACAAACCUAUUGACAUCUAUGCAACAGCAGUUGACAUUACCUCGUGUGGUAACUUUGCUGUAAUUGGGAUGUCAGCUGGACAGGUAGAUGUGUAUAACAUGCAGUCUGGCAUUCACAGAGGGCAUUAUGGCAAAGAAACAGCACAUGAAGGGGCCAUUAGAGGGGUAGCUGUUGAUGGAUUGAACCAGCUUUUAAUCACAGCUGGUAGUGAAGGAUUAAUUAAAUUUUGGAAAUUCAAAAUGAAAGAUCUCGUUUAUUCCACUGAACUUUCUUCUUCUCCCAGUGGAAUUCUGCUUCACAGAGACAGUGGUAUUCUGGGAAUUGCCCUUGAUGACUUCACUAUUAGUGUUUUGGAUUUAGAAACCAGGAAGAUUGUCAGGACAUUCUCAGGACACCAUGGACGGAUUAAUGACAUGACUUUCAGUCCUGAUGGUCGUUGGCUGAUAACUUCAUCAAUGGACUGUUCCAUUAAGACUUGGGACCUUCCCUCUGGAUGUCUCAUAGAUUGUUUUUUGGUAGACUCUGCAGCUGUGAGCCUUACUAUGUCCCCUACAGGAGAUUUUCUGGCUUCAGCACAUGUGGAUGAUCUUGGAAUUUAUUUGUGGUCAAACCGUUCUUUGUAUUCCCUUGUGUCAUUACGGCCCCUUCCUGCAGAUUAUGAGCCAUCUUUGGUGACACUCCCCAGCACCUGCCCCAUGCAAGAUGUGGAUGUGUCAGGAGAUGAAGAGCCAUGUGAUGAAAUGAUAGAAUAUGUCUCACCUGAGCAAUUGGGAGAGCAGCUGGUGACCCUUUCCUUGUUACCGGAAUCAAGGUGGAAAAAUCUCCUCAAUCUUGAUAUUAUCAAGAAAAAAAAUAAACCAAGAGAGCCACCAAAGGUUCCAAAGUCAGCACCUUUCUUCAUCCCAACACUUCCUGGUCUUAUACCCCGAUACAUUCCACCAGAGGAGGAAAAUGAUACGCAGUCAAAGGUGGUAAACCUUGGAAUACUGGCGCAGAAAUCUGAUUUCUACAUUCAUCUUGAAGAAGCCCUGAGCACCAAUGAAUAUAAAGCUGCACUUGACUUACUGAAAAGCUUGGGACCAUCUAAUAUUGAGGUGGAACUGCGGGGUUUGGCCCCUGAAGGUGGGGGCUCAAUGGAGGUGAUGCUGAGCUUUCUCAGAAUGAUUGGGAUGAUGCUGAACAAGAAGUACAACUUCGAACUCGCUCAGGCAUACCUGGCACUAUUUUUAAAGUUACAUCUUAAGAUUCUCUCAUUGGAGCCAAAACUCUUGGAAGAAUUAUCCAUAUUGUCAAUGCAACUUGAGGAAACUUGGAUUCACUUGCGGGCUCUCUUCAAUCAGAGUCUGUGUGUUUUAACAUACAUGAAAAGUGCUUUGCUGUAAAAUACUUCAGGGUUUUGUCUGCAUAAGAUUUCCCUCAGAGGAAUAGUACAAUUUAUUACCAAAAAUACUGGAUUCCAAAAAUCAUACUGGGUCUUGGAAUUGUAGAAUCAUGAAGGUUGGAAAAGACCUCCAAGACCAUCCAGGUCCAGCAUUCUGCUGGAUUACCACCCUGUUCACUAAGCCAUAUCACUAAGUGCCAGACUACUCAUUUUUUGGAAUACUUCCAGGGAUGGUGAUUCCACCAUCCUGUUCCAGUGCUUCUUCUGGUGCUGUAUUUUAUACAUCUACAUAUGGCACAGUAUUUUAGAACAUGCAUAGCUGCCUAUUUUUGUUCACUUCAGUUGAAGAAAAAAAUUGCUGUGUGCAGCUAAAGUAUUUGUUGUGUUGGUCUGUGCUGCCAGUGGACAGACAUUUGGGUUCAAGGCCCUGAGCAGCCUGGCCUUGUGGAAGCUGCCCCUGCCCAUGGCACGGGGUUGAAAGUAGAUGAUCUCUCAAGUUCCUUCCAGCCCAAGCCAUUCAGUGAUUCUCUGAUUCCAUGGCUACAUAAAACGUAGUUCACCAUGAAGAAAUGAUUUGCGGGGGAAAGAAAUAGAAGUGAGAAUGUAACUUCCGUGCAGGAGGCCAAAAACUAUAUUGUUCUUAAUAAAGUCAUUGUUGAUGCAAAAAUAGAAGAAAAAGUCUGAAUUGUUAACACUUUAUAAGCAAUAGUUUAAAGUAAAUUAGUCUAAAAAUUGUGUUCCUCUGCAAUUAUAGCACCUUUCUUAUGAUGGUUGUAAAAAUCAGUUGUCUUCUCACUUUUGCAGACAUUUAUUUCUGAAGGCAAAGAUUUCCAGCUAUACUAGCAGUGAUUGAACUUCAAAAAAAACCCUAAAAACCCAAGUACCAAACUGAACAAAAAACCCCAGAUUUUUGGGAGGCCCAGUUUCAUUUGAAAAUUAUUUCUUUUCUUGAGGAAAACAGAAAAGAUUACUAGAAAAAAAAGCUUUGUUUUGAGGAAUUUUUAAUUAAAUCAGAUGGGUUUUUUUACAAAUUGAUAUUUAGGUUUCAAACCAUAAUGUUUGGGCAUUGUUUGGGACCCCAUGAGUGAAUUAUCUUGAACUUUGUUGCUUGAGAGUACGUACUUCCAGCAGAAGAAUUUCCUGAACAAGGCCUUUGCUUUUUUGUAUUUCUCAUGCUUAAGCCAUGUACUCCUACCAACAGAGUAACUAAUACAAAUAUCUGCCAUUUUAAUGAGUAAACUCAAAAGGAGGUUCAUUGCAUUUGAUAGAAGACUGAAGCAAUAGUGUGGAUCAGCUGUACUGCAUAGCUGGGGUUUUUUUUGGGUUUUUUUGGUUUUGUUUUUUUGGCGUUUUUUUUGGGUUUUUUUUUGUUUGUUUUUUUUUUUAAUACCAUCACAUUAAACCCCUUUUGGUCAUGUGUACUGGAACAAAUUAUCUGCAAACAUAGAAUCAUACAAAAAUAGAAAGGCUUGGGUUGCAAGGGACCUUAAAGAUCAUCAAAUUCCAACCCCCUGCCAUGGGCAGGAACACCUUUCACUAGGCCAAGUUGCUCAGAGCCCCUUCCAGCCUGAGUGGACACUUCCAGGGAUGGGGCAACUACAGCUUCUCUUGGUCAUGGUGUCUCACCAUUGUCACGGGGAAAAAUUUCCUGUUCAUGUCCAAUUUGAACCUACUGUCCUUGAGUCUAAAGCCAUCAUGUACACACGAGUUUUCUAUGAAGUUUGCUACUGAGAUUUAAGAAAAUCCUUUGUACCACAGAAUUAUUAGUUUCUGGUGAUUUGGUUCUUGGCAACCCAUUGCUCCCAAUUUUAUUGGAUUGAUCUGAAGUUGUCCAAAAUACCUUAAAUGUCAGUGUAAUAUAUAAUGAACCUCUCAGCUUGCAGGUGUUACUGUAACUCCUUUAGAAGAUCUUACAGAGUAAUUUUCUGAAUAAAGACACAAUGUUCAAAGGUUGAUAAGGCAGUAUUUGCGGACCUGUCUCUGUGGAAGAAGGAAGAGUGGAUGAAGAACUUUUAUGUUGGAUCAGAGGAAGGGUCUGUCAAGCCCACUGUUCUGUCUCCAGCUGGAGGAAGGAAGAUUUGUAGUAUAUCAGUCUGGAUGUGUAUGAAGUGAUUGUUUCUCAAGCAUAUCAGAGCACCUUUCAGCAGACAGCAAUUAGAUCUCUGUGACCCAGCUGUAGCCUGACAGUUGUGUUUAAUGUUCUGUGACAGACCUUUUGUUCUCUGUGAGUUCAUCUAAUCUCUUUUAGAACCCAUUUAUCCUUCACAACAUCCUGUAGUAAUGGGGCCUACAAUUUAAUUAACGGGAGUAAUGUAUUUCUGUUUAUAUACUCCAGACCUUAUAUACUCCAAUCUUCUAACAUUGUAUGCCUCUCCUUGAAUGUGAGAAAUAUCAGUUGUGCUCUAGUCUUCAUGCUUCACAGACUUAGCCUCAGAGCAGUGUUAAAAGUGUUUCUACUCAUGGAAGACAUACUUUAUUUUGCUGUGUGCACAUGUCUGCUUUUUCACUGACAUCCAAGAACCCUUUCUGGGCACAGAUGUUUAAAUCUGUAUGUACAAGAUUUUUCUACAAAACCUGUAAGGAUUGUAGGGUAGGGGGGCUUUUUUCCCCCUUCCAUUUUCAUGGUCUGCUUGAUGUAGUCAUAAGAAAAAACUCUGCCAAACAGGCUGUAUUCUUAAAACAGAAACAUCAGGAUGAUUUUUGUGGCAAUGUAUGUAUAACACAGUUGGCAUGAUGUUUGCAGUCCUGUAUGACCUCAUUAAAUGUGUUUAAUGCAGCUUCUUAUGCAUAUAUGUGUUUGAAGCCCACCUGGAGCACUUCAAUAACUUCCUUCAGAAUAUAUAGUAUUUAGAUGUGAGUGAUAGCUCACUUUCUUUAUUCGUGUCUUUUUCUCAACAAUUCUACUCAUCACUGCUAUUUCAGGGGUGUUUUACUAUUACUAGAGCUGUAGAGUCUUCCACCAGUAGUUCUGAUUGCUUCAUGUUCUUGGUCUUUUAUUUUGUCCUUUUUACCUCACAUCGAAAUUAUGAACAACUUGCUGUUAAUAAAAAGCUUCUUCAGAAAUAAAAAGUAAUUUCCUCCUGUUAGUGGAUGAAAGUAGAUAUUUCACCUGCUAUUUCCUGCAUUAUUCCUUUGCCUGAGACACAAAAGGACAGUAUUUUGUGAUAUUAGUAAAAAAUUGUUGAUUACAAGUGGUAAUACUCAUGGAAACUGAAUUUGAUAGUUUGGGCUUUGUAGCCCAUGAGAGCUCGCGUUAGCAUGGUGCUUUUGUAAUGGCAUAUGAAAUAGGAUGUGGAGAAGUGCUAGAUGGAUGAAGGGAUAGUCAUGUUAACUCUAGGUUUUCUUCCAAGCACAGCAGUUGCUGGGGAUUUUACCACUCUUACACAAUGCCAAGCCCAUCCUAAGCUAGCUCUGAGUAGCAGCUAGCUGUUAAAGUUCUCUGUGUUACUGUGUGUGACACAGCACUCCUUCCAGCUUCCUCUCAAGCCUGUCCCCACCUCUGUUCCUGUGCUUCCUUUUCACCAUGAUUUUGCCAGCUCUUGGUUCCUGAGUGCAGCUGCUGCUCUUAGCAACUCUGUCACAUAGCAGUCCUGUCAAGUUAGGUUCUCUGUACUUCCACUGUUUUCUUUUGACUGUUAUUUUUUCCAGACAUAUUUGGUAGUCCUGGUUGUUUUAACUGGUAGUUGGACCUUGCUACCUGAAUUUGCUACUGGGUGGAUUCAGAUGCUGCACAGUGAACGUUGCUCUUCUCUAAACCAUAAGAAGCCUUCAAUUUUAGUAGUCCUUGCUUUCCUUUCUCAUUCAAGUAAAAACAGAGAUAUUAUGAGGCAUGCAAACAUGAAGACAGAGUAGAAGGGUAGCAAUGUUUACGUUGACUACAUUGUUCAGAAGCCAACCUAUACCUCUGACUUGAAGCCCUCCAACGUUUUGUACAUUUCAAAUUUAACUCUUACUUCUUCAAGAAAAAUAUAAGGAAGAUCUAUCUGUGCAAGUUGUCAUACUGCAAGUGUAGUCCUAGAGUAAGGACACUGGAAGGUACUCAUUUGCAUUCUGUGAAUUAGAAAAGGCAGGGUGUUUGUUGGCAUAUUUGAACUCUGUUAAUGUGCUCUGUUUUAAACUCCUGUGAAGGAGUUUAGCAUUGUUCAAGGAUCACUAUUAUAUAAGUACUCUACUGUGUUGUCUGAUGUUUCCCUAGUAUCGUAUGUUAAUCUUCUCACCACAUCACCAUUUGUAUCUUAAGAGCUAUUUGUUUUAUGAAAAAUAAUCUUUUAAUAAAAGAAAAUACUGCCUCCCUGA